AUGCCGCCAUCGCUGUCGGAAGAUACGAGAAAUAAAGAAAUUCGAAGCAAGCAAGUUAUUCCACACACUGGUGGAUCCAAAGCUAAUCUUAGACGAAGAAAUGAGUUGUUGUUAGAAACUGGGAAGCUACCAAGUCGUGGACAAUUAUAUAUUGAAACUCAUAAAAGGAAAGAUGGAUCAUUUGUAAAUGAAGCAGCAAAGACUAUAGCGGAACAAAUUGAAGUAGGAUUGACUCAAAGCAUAGUUGAUGAAUCUGAAGUUUCUCCUCUUGAUGUUGUUGGUAGAGUGUUAGGGUUAGAGCACUCUGGGAGAGUGCGAUGCAUGGGAUUAGGAGUUAUUCCUUCUAAUACAUUUAGGAACACAAGACUUCGAGCUUCUAGUCCGAGCUCUUCUUCAUCUGGUGUUGCCUUUCCAUCUUCAAACCAAUGGCAAGAGAAAUACAACAAUUUAGAAUCAGCUUUUAAGGCCUACAUGAUCAUGAAGGAAGGAAGGAUCCCUAAAGAAUUAGCUAGUUAUUUCACUCCUGAUCAAACACAUCCAAAUGAUGCUUCAAGUGUUCCUAAUACACCUUUGGAUGCAAGAGGAUCUUCUGGUGCUAGCAACCCUUAG